AGGCUCGCAGGGGGGAGAAGAUAGUGGGGGACCUCCAAACCCUACUUUAGAGGAAAGCGGAGACAAGUGCAGCAACAGGAGUUCUGUGCUGUCGGACAUGCUGCAGCAGCUGCCGCGGCGCGUCAGCAGAGCAGCAGCAGCAGCAGCAGCAGCAGCAACAGCAGCAACAGCAGCACACGACCGCCACGACAACAACGACGACAAACUCCUCAGAGUCGCCUACCUCUUCUCCCCGGGAACCGCCGGUUCUUCGGGGCUGUUGGCUUCGCUGGGAGAGUGGAGGUUUGACGUGCUGCAGUACGGGGGAGACAGCAGCAACCCUCUCUGCGAAUUAGGGUUUAUUCUUUUGUCUCCUUUUUGCUUCGACACUCCUGGAGACCAAACCCUAAUUCGUUUUCUCAAAACCAUCGACAAGUACUACCUCCCCGUCCCCUACCACAACGCCCUCCACGGCCUCAUGGUGGCACAGAAGAUAUACGCGCUUUUGAAUUUCUUUUCUUUGAUUCGAAGCAGACAGCCGAGAGACAUUGCCUUGAUCCUUGUGGCGGGUAAACAAAACAAAUAA